AUGUUCACCCCCUGCCCAGGUUGGGGGCGCAGUGGCCUUAGGUUCUGCCAGCUCCGAAUGUGGAUCGGCGAGGCUGUGGAGCGCGGGCCGGGCCGGUCUUACCAGGCUCGGCCGUACAGAUCGGGCGGUUGUGAGCGCUGGCCCAGGUCGGAGCGCGAGGUCACUCUUCCUAGUCCCGCGCGCCAGACGCUGAAGAAGUGGACGCUGCUGGUGAGCCCGUUCGGUAGGCUGCGGACGCAGCUCUCGUGUGACCUGAUCGUGAGGCCCCUCGACCCCCUCAUCUACCCGGAUUCUGACCGCGUGCUGGUAGCGGUGAGCGGCUUGGAGGGCGGGGUGCAGGGCCUGGACGGCCUGCAGGUGAGGUAUGACGAGGCGCGGAAUGAGAUCUCCAUCGUUUCUGAGACCAUCGACCCCCAGGCUUCGGUGGAGGUGGAUGCACCCCUGAAAUUUGAUUUGAAUGUCAAGUCAUCAGGAUCUGGUUGUGUAAAAAUCCAAAAAAUGGAGUGUGAUAAUUGCAAAAUUGCAACAGAUCAGGGGACCAGCAUCUUACAGUCUGUUAAGAGUCAAAAAUUGCGUGUUCAGACAAAAGGAGGGAAGGUGAUCUGUCUGGGAACAGUUUAUGGAAAUGUUGAUAUUCAUGCAUCAGAUAAAAGUGCUGUGACCAUACAUAAACUGCAGGGAAGUUCUGUUAAUAUAUCUACUGAAGAUGGUCUACUAAAAGCCAAGUAUCUUUAUACAGAAUCAUCAUUUCUGUCUUCUGCUGCUGGGGAUAUCACAUUAGGAAGUGUUCACGGCAGGAUCACAUUGCAAAGCAAGAUGGGCAACAUCACAAUAGAUUCAUCCUCUGGAUAUCUAGAAGCCUCAACUCACCAGGGUGCCAUAGAUGUUUAUGUCAGCCAACUGGGAGAAGUGGACUUAAAAUCUCAUGAAGGUUCUAUUAUUGUCAAGGUGCCCUCUGCUCUUCAGACUCACUUACAGUUAUCAGCGAAGAAGGUUGAUGUGAACUCGGAGGUCCAGGUUCAGGAAAUGGCUGAAGCCCACAAGGAUGAUGGUAUAACAGUUACUGGAGUCAUUAAUGAAGCAAGCAAUCAUGAGAAAUGGAUUAAGGCUGAUGCCCCAAAAGGCACAGUAAGUCUUAGAAGUCAGAGCUGGUUUCAGUCACUGAAAAUGCAGGACUAA